AUGAAAUGCGCACGAGUGCUACUGGCGCUGUCCAGCGUCGCGUCAACAGUCCAAGCGCGCUUUGCCGGAGCAGUCAACCAUAGCAAACGCAGCCCGUCCCUGGAGGUGACUCUUGCUCCCGCAACAGAGGGAAUCGCUGAGUUGGUCGCAACCAUUAAGAACGUAGGAUCUGCCGACCUCAACCUGCUGAAAGUCGGUACCCUCCUUGAUGAACGGCUACCGGUCCAAAAGGUAUUGGCUCUGGAUGAAGCAGGAGUCGAAGCACCAUUCAGGGGAAUCCACGCUAGCAUACAGCAUGCUGCUCUGAGGGCAGAGCAUUUCCAGCUCUUGAAAGCCUCAGAAAUCAUCAGCAUGGUCAUUAAUGUAGCAGCUGUGCACGACUUCACCGCAUCUGGGACCUACACUUUCAAGGCGAGCGGACUGAUGCCGUUCGCCAAUGCCGGCUCGGCCGAGCUGAUUGGGCCAGCCCUGACAUAUGAGUCGAACACCAUCAGUCUCUACGUCGAUGCGCAGAAGGUGGCCUCUGUGCCGAAGGCACUCUCAGCCAGGCCUCUCGAGGAGCGCACCGAGGUCCAAGAGGGCUGCAACGCCACGCAGCUAGCCGCCAGCACAGCGGCUCUCGCCAACUGUGAGAUACUGGCUCUCGCAGCAGCGGCUGAUGCAGCAGACCCGUCUUCCGCUCGGUUCGUCGAGUACUUCCGAACGAACUCGUCAACAACCCGCCAGACCGUCGUCGACCGACUGACAGCAGUAGCCGCAGACUGCGCCACCACCGACUCGGGCCCGUCCCGGUACUUCUGCUACGACUACUACGGCAUCUGCGAGUCCAGCGGGCCGCUCAACGCGUACACCCUUUGGGACGUCAGCACGUCAGUUAUGUGCUCCUUGUUUUACGAUACCCUGCCGCCGCUGCCCCAGGGUUGCCACCGACAGGACCAGGCUACGACGACGAUACACGAGAUUACUCAUUGUGAGGCUGUGUAUAGCCCGCAUACGAACGACUACGCGUAUGCCUACAAUGAGAGCAUUGCUCUCACGCCAGCGUUUGCGCUCUUGAAUGCUGACAAUUAUUCCUUGUUCGCGAAUGCUGUGUAUAUGAAGUGCUAA